UUUUUGUUACUUUGAUCCGGUUUUUUAAAUAGUUUGGAAAUUAUAUUAACAGUAAACGUAUGCACGUUGCGUGUUUAUAAUUAUACCCAGUAUCCAUAGGUUUAUAUUCCGGUACUGUUUCUUAACUUAUAAAAGUAAUGAAAGCAGUAGUAGGGAUUAAGUUGUUAUUAUGAUUGGUACUUGAUAAUGGUGUAGUGGAGUGGCGGGCGGCGCGCCGCGGCGACGGGCGGGGCGGGCGGAUGACGGCGCUGCAUUUUCCCCGCCCGCACCGCGCUAUUGCCGCGUUUUCCACGAGGGGCGCGCCGGCCCCCUCGCCGCAUCAGCCGGGAAAUCGCGCGUCGUUCGUCUCAGUCCGGCUCAGCCGUCGCGCUACGACGACGCCUGCGAGUCGCGCGCUACGAUCGCGAACCUGCGCUCGCUGCACCUACCGUACGAACACAGCGCGCGCGGCCAAAAUAGUGAGCUCGUGGCCGGGAGCGCUCGGACCUGGUGAGAUACAGUGUAGAGCGGCGCCAUGCUGCUGGCGCUGGUGCUGCUGGCGCUGGCGGCGCCGGGCCCCGGAGGCGCGCGCCGCCACGCGCCCGACCUGCGCGAGGACGAGCCCGCGCGCCGCACCACCCGCCCCGCCGAAUGUUUGUUCGGCAAACAAGCAAUGGAGCUGGGUUCAAAGUGGUUUGCUGACUUGGGCCCGCCCUUCGGAGUCAUGUACUGCAUCAAAUGUGAGUGUGUUGCGGUCCAAAAGAAAAGGAGAGUGGUGGCUAAAGUCCACUGUCGGAAUAUCAAGAAUGAGUGCCCUGAACCGUCGUGUGAUACACCAGUUUUGCUGCCAGGACGAUGCUGCAAGACAUGUCCAGGCGAUCUUAAUUCUCCCGACAUCGUCCAAGAAGAUAGUCCGGUCGUUAUAACAACUGAUGAGGAUGAAAAAAACAUGAAAUUUUUCGCAUCAUUUCUGACGGGCCGGUCCCCGCUGUGCGUCCGGCGUGACGACAUGUCCGGGGUGCCGGUAGCACCGGGCGUGGCCACAGCGCGCUUCACCUUCCGCCGUCGUCACCUCUACUGGUCGGUCCUCCUCAGCCCUUCCAUACAAAACCAACCUCGAGCGCUCGCCUUCCUCGAUCGCGAAGGACGAGUACUCCUAGAACAGUCCCUCAAGAAAAUCCCGGGGAUACACGCCACUUACGAAGAAAAAACUGAUAAGCUUUGCGGGGUCUGGCGUCGAGUGCCGCGCCAGUACAAGACUUUAUUAAGAGACGGCGACCUGCAUGUGGCUCUGCUGUGGGGCGACGCUCGUAACAACACCAUUGAUAGCGCUCUGAGUGGCAGAAUCGACAGGUAUCCAGCGCUAUCUUCGGAGAUGUUCACUACGCUUUUGGAGCCGGAGCAUCCUCCCACGUCUAUCGGGCAGGGAGCUUGUCGUGACUAUCCUGCAUUGGAGUACGAGGAUGGUUGGUGGGGAGGCACUGCCGUCAUCACGGCGGUCGCUGGCGCCACUCCCAGCCUCUACUUGGCUCUGGUCUUCAACGGCGUCUUCCCUAAAACUGCAGUUACUUCUCAUCUGGUCAGAGUGAUACUCACUUUACCAGAAAAGAAUCAGACGAUCAUUGAUCAGGUGCAGAGGGUAAGCAAACCCCAUUACGAUUUUAACGUUUUGGAGGUGUCGACUCCAGUGUCGGCUGCGGAACUGCGGUCUUUGGCUAGAGGCCGACUUUUGCUGACUGUGGAGGCUGUUGGAACUCCAGAGAGGAGAAUUGUUGGGAGUGUGAGGCAGAAAGCCGCCUGUGAGGUGUAUAAUGCACCUCUUGUGUCUGAGAGGCUUCCAGCCACUCCCGCGCCAGAGGGUCUUGCGUUGCUCUACAUCGAUAAGGAGGGGUCUCUCGUCUAUGAUAUACAGGUGGAUAAUUUAGGGAUAACAGAUCCUAAGAUCACUUUGGUGGAAGAGCAAGGCAAGAGGCAUUCUCAAGUGGAAAUACUGGACACAAGGAUUGGUGUGCUGGCGAGACCAAGUGCGAGGAUCUUCCAGCCUUUGUAUGAAGACCAACUUGCCGUGCAUAUUAGCGCUGAAACUGGGCCUCCUAUUCUUCGUGGUCGCCUGACAUCUCGUAUGCUCCCUGACGCGGCUGGGUCAGGCCCUGCUCUGCUGCGGAGAACAGGCCAAGUUCGUCUACCAGCUGCCAUGGCUGGGCUUGCUUGGCUCUCCGUGGAUUCGUUGUGUGGAUUAUAUUAUGAGACGGUAGUAACGGGCGGUAACGCUCGGUCCUGGUCAUCCUGGUGGUUGGAAGCCAAUGCAGGUGGUGACACUGGGGCAAGAGAACUAGGCGGUGAAGAAGGCUGGGUUCUAGAGCCUACUGCAGCAGAACUGGUCGCGCUACAUGUUGGUGCGGCGUUCUUGGAGCUUCGGGCUCAUGAUAAUGUCACCGUCAUUCUACGCACGCGAGUACCACAGAUAAGCGUGCCAACAUCUUGCUUGCCCGCGGUGCCGGGGACUUCGGACAACGAGCUGAAUGCCAAGUACACGCCAGGACCAAUGGAAGACCAAAUCACGGACCUGUUCCGCCUCAAUGUCAACUAUUGUACGCAGAGGGAUAAGUUCUACAAACUGGGAGAAACUUGGACAGAUACUGAGACAUGUUCAAAAUGUUGGUGCGUCUUGGGCAUGCCGCGGUGUGAGCCGGUGCAGUGCCCACCUGUGAAUUGCCUCGUCCCGACCAUCAAGCCGCCAGGACAAUGCUGCCCUAUUUGCACAAACUCCACGACUGCGGUAUGGUCGGAGAACGGCAGCUGCCAACUAGCUGGACAGAGCUACGCGCCAGGAUCAUCAUGGCAUCCUUACCUGGUGCCCGGCGGGUACGACACCUGCGCCAUCUGUACCUGCAACUUUGCCACCAGGCAGAUACAGUGCCCUAGAGUGAAGUGCCCGCCUCUACGCUGUAGCGAGAAGGAAGCCUACAGACCUGAUAAGAAGGCCUGCUGUCGCCUGUGUCCCGAGGUAAAGGCGAAGAAACCGGAUGAAGAAACUCCGAAAGACCAGGGGGCGCCACGUACAGCAGAUGAGAUUUUGGCAGAAGGAGGGUGCAAAUUCCCCGAUGGGCCACUUCCCAACGGCAAGGAGGUGCACCCCUCCAUACACUCACACGGGGAGCAGAGAUGCGUCACGUGUCGGUGCAAGGAUGGAGAAGUGACGUGCGUGCGCAAGCGGUGCGGGCGCGCGGCGUGCGCGCGGCGGCGGCGCGUGGACGCGUGCUGCGCGUGCCCGCGGCACCGGCGGCAGCGCGCGCCGCGCCCCGAGCGCCCCGCGCCGCCGCCGCCCAGCUGAGCGCCCGGCCGCGCUGCCCGGACACAGUAUUACUGCGCCCGACCACCCCGUCUAUACCCCAGACUGCUCGUAGGCUAAGUGAGUGACUAUAGACUGACAUAUUUUUAUGUACUCGUGCGAUUCGAAUGUGUCUCUAGUUUUAGUUUGCGUCAUCGGUGACGCGUCGUCGAACCGAACGAUCGCGGUACGAUUGAAACGCUGACUAAAGUUUCUGCCAACGGAAUACCACUUUGUUUGCACGAGUAUGCAUAGUACAGAUUUUAAUUUGCUCUAGUUGAUAACAGACAGUUUUCGAGUAAUUAAAAUGAUUUGUACAAUAUAAAGUAUGAGGCUCGGCCAAUUAGAGGUUAAUAGUCGUGAUCGGAGUGAUUGUGGAGUGGUGGUGUUGGCGCAGGGCGUUCGGUUCGGCGGCGCGCGAGGUAUCGGUGCUCGGUACUCGGCGGCAGAGGGUCGGCCGCGCGGAGGCUCGGACUCGAUCGGCGACAGGCGGUAGCUUUACUGUGUAUUAUUAUAACGGCGUUGAAUAUUUACUUACCCACCGGUAUUUUAAUUGGUAUUAUGGUAACCCAAAAUUUAGGCGCAUUACAUCAUCCGAUACUGAUUCGUAUUAUUUUAGUGGUAGGGCUCGAUGCUCGGUCGUUGGACAAGGAUUGCGAGCGCGGUCGAUAACAGAUGUGCCAUAUUUUCUUAAAUGUAAAUAUAAAUUAUAAUACUAAUUAUGUGCAUAUUUAUUUACGUUUCUAUUGUAUAUGAUACGGGAUAACCGCACGUUUAGGUAAUCAAGUAUGAACCAUCACAAAUGCUAUUUAAUUGGUCGCCUUGUUUGUGCAUUUGCUUUUAGUUUUGUAUAUCUAUAUUUAAUACCACACAACGUGUCUGUCGUGACCGGUAACUUCUAUUACCUGCGUUAUAUUAUCUAGUUGUAGUACUGUUGACGAGGAGGUAUUUAAAGUUAAUUUAUAGACAUGUGAUUAUGGAAUUAAUGUUGCUUCAAGAUGGAAUGUAAUCCCAGUUUACUACACGUAUCCGACAGCUUUUAGGGACUCUUAGCACUGGUUAUAAGUUAUAUACACUUGCGGAUACUUUUCAAUACAUACCUAUAUCAUAUU